AACACCUGCUGCUGAUGAGCCGGAACAACAACAACAACAACAACAGCAGCAGCAGCAGCAGCAGCAAGACAUUCCAACGGAAACGCAAACCACCGUACCAGAAGAAGAAAAAAAAGGAGAAGCAGAAGAAACAUUAACACCAGCAGAAUCUACCAUUGACAACGAGGCAGAUGCUACUACUGCUACUACAAAUGCUACUGCUGUUCCUGAUACGGAGCCCAGCGUUCAGCCUUCAGAAGAAAAAGUGACGCCAACAGAGUCAGCUAUGGAAUCAACUACUGUCAUUUCGACUCCUGCUGCCACUUCCCCAGGUGCACCCACAACUACUGAAAGUCAAGAACCUACACAGCAACACGAUGUUAUUACUGAAGAGUAUGACGCAAGUCAACGGCAAGUCAACGAUUUGAUCGCUUCAUUACGAAUGGAUCUAUUGUCAUCGAGGAGUGAAGUAGCAUCGCUUAAAGGCAAAGUGAAUAGCCUUACGGUGCAGAAUCUGGAUUUGACGAUCAAAUACCAUGCGGAUGACAGCAAAGAUGCUGCAAACAAGCUUCAAGUGCAGCUGCUGGAACAAAGAUUGGAUGAACUCAAGAAAAAUGAGUUCGAACAUCACCAAAGGAUUCUUGACAUGGAGCAGACACAAAGUAUUUUGAAAGAUGAAAAGCAAAAACAAUACCACGAACACCUUGCUGAAAAAGCAGCAUUACAAAAAGAACGCGACAACUUAACGAAAAAAUACAACGAUCUACAACUUGAAUUAACCAACUGCCAUGCUGAAGCGAGCUCGACAAAAAUCGAAAAGAAGACGCUCCAGCAACGACUCGAUGAACUUGAAUUAAACCGCAUGGGUGAUGCCAAAGCCCACGAGGACAUGAUUGCCAUUUUUGAGAAACAACAAAAAGAAUCCGAAGCCCAACUUCAAAACGCCAUCGCCGCUGAAGCACGCGCACGACAGGAUGCAAAGAGUAUUCAAGAACGAUUUCAAAAAGAAAACGAUCAAUUGCAGCAGCAGCUUGUCGAGUGCCAAGAUCGUUUGAGCAUUAUCCGGUCGCGCAGUGACGGCUCAUCACCUUCUGAUACAGCACUUGGCACAACAACGCUUCCUGACGGCAAACACGGUAAUCUUAUCCAGCUUAUGCGACGCUAUGAAGAAGGCGGCAAGAGCUGGGAAUGUAUCUAUGAAGACUACUUUGAGUUGAAGGACGCGCAUAGCAAGGCUGUUGCACAAUGUGAAACCAUGCGGGUGGCGAACGAGCAAUUGAUGCGCGAACAACGUGACAAGGAGCAACGGUAUCAGCGUAUGGAAGUCGAGUAUCGUCGUCUGCAUUCAGAAACCGAGGCAGUUCGUGAUCGAGCAAGACGAUCUGAGACGGCUCAAAAUGAAAAUGAACAAGUGGUGAACAGUCUUCAUGCCAAAAUUGGCGAGCUUCAGCGCAAAAACAACGACUUGCAAACGUCACUUGGUGAGGUUGCAUACCAGCUACGUCAAGUCAUUUGCGACGUUGAAAGCCGAAACGAAAUGCUGCCACCUGGUGUUAAGAGCUCCUCUGAUCUUUUACAAUAUGCCAGCCAGUCACCCGAAUUCAGCCAUGAAGACCUGACCUUUAACAAUGUUGCGCAACUCCAAGAACAAAACCAAAAACUUUUGGAACGAAUUCGAAAGCUCGAUGAAGAUGUCAAGGAAAAGACGCGUGCUGCAGAGCAAUUGCGGCAAGAAGGACUUGAUGCUGAGGAAAAGUAUACCCUGUCCCUUAAUCAGGCCCAGGAAACCAUCAAAGAUCUUAACUACUCGGUCAUUUCGCUUGAGCGGAGACUACAAGCUACUAUUAAACAGCGAGACAUGUACAAGCUGGGCGUAUCAGAAGACGACGCUACAUCUGAACAGGCACAUGGCGACAAUAUACCCAAUAACACCACAACUCAGCCGCAGCAACAAGAAGAAGACGAAGAAGAUGAGGCUUACCGAUAUGCAAUGCAACAGAAUAUGAAACAGCUUCAGACUGAAUUACAAGAAGCACAAACCGCUGCAUCUGCAUCCAACUCACGACUCAAGAUCACCGAAGCCGAAAUCAUCAAACUGCGUAAAGAAUGUCAGGAUCUGCUUCAGACGCAAGCCUCGCGUUCAGCUGAACUCAAAGAUCUUCGCACGCGCAAUGCAGAGCUUCAGUGUCGUUUGUCAGAAAACGAAAAACAUCUAGCGAACUACCACAAUGAACUUUUGUCCUAUCGCUCACAGCAAGAAAUGCUGCGCGUCCAGAACACGUCGUUACGCAGCGAGCUCGAUUUUAGUCACCAGAUGCACAAGAAGCUUGCUGAACACCACGCAACAUUAUCAUCUCGUUGCGCUCAUUUGACCAGUCUAUUGCACAGCGUGACCACAAAGAACAAGGAUAGCACCAGUGCACAGACCGAAGGUAUCAGUCUCCUCAAGAAGCAGAUUGAGGCACAGGACAAGGAGCUCGAGAACCUGCGCGUAAAGCUAGAAAGUGCUCAACAAGGUCUUGCGGAUGGUGAUCUGCGUGAACAAGACCACUGGAAGAACAAGUAUAACGAAGUCCACCGGGAACUCCAGCGACUCAAUGUGUCUCAACUCGAGUUACAAAAAGAGCUUGCAGCUGCCAAGGAACAGCGCAUCGCACUCGAAACCAAGCUAUCUCUCUUGAUUAAGCAAGAUGGUGGUAGCGCCGAACAGCAAGAAGUUGCAGCCGGCGAACAAGAACAUCAACAGCAGCAGGCGGAAGGACAAGAGGAUGGUACUUUUGAGGCUCGCUAUACCGAGUUGGCCGCAGCCAAUAUGGAGUUGGACAAGUUGCGCUUGCAAAUUGCAGAUUAUGAAGAGCAGCUCGAAAAGCAACGACAGGAGACUGAAAAGAUGGCCAAGGAUCACGACGAGUUUACCACGGAUAUGCAGAGUAAGCUGGUCAAGUUACAUCAAGACCUGAGCGACCGUGAUGGUAUGAUCAAGGCAGCACAAACGGCCACAGAAGAUAUUCAGCGUCUUAAGCUUGAACGAGUUGAAGCUGAGCAGCAAUGGUCUGCCGCACGAGAGGCUCUUAAUGGUGAAAAGGAGGCGCUGCAACAAAGAGUGCAAGAAUACGAAGAGGAAGCAGCCCGCUUACGGCAACAGAUCGAGACGCAGACAGAGCUUAUCAAUGAGGGCAAGGAGAAGUUAGAGCUGGAAGUCAGUACACACGUUGAUGACAAUGAGACCAUCAAGAGCUUACGUGAAGAAUCGAGUCGGUUGACAGAAGAGAUUUCAACAGCCAAGAACGAGCUCACAACACUUCAGAGCCGACUACAAAUAAGUGAAGAGUCAUAUAGUAAACAGAAAGAACAAUGGGAAGUUACUGAGAGCAGACUCAAAACCGAACUUGAAAACUCCUCGAAACGAUUUGACGAGCUGCUUCAAUCGCUUGCAGCCGAACAGCAGGGUGCUACAGCAGCAGAAGACCAAUCUGCAGACUCAAACAUGCCGAUACCGAUGGACGUGUCGAACAAGUCGAAGGAGCAACUUGAGCUUCUUGUGGUAUCUGUUCGACAAAAGAACGAAAUAUUGCAACGACAGUACAAGGCUGCCAUAAGCAAGACGGACCAACUGCGCUCUGACCUCCAGUUUACACAAAAGCAGGUUGCAGCAUUCAAGGCACAGGUAGAAGCCGUGCGUGCGCAAAACGUUGAGAUCGAAAGCAAAUGUCAAGAAGCAACACGAAAAGCACAGGAUGAAGCUGUUGUCUACAAGGAAAACAACACCCAACUUCGCACAACUAUUGCCGACUUACGUUCGCAAGUAUGCACUCUUGAGAAGCAGGCAACUGAGAGCAAGGCAGCAGUUCAGCCCUUGACAGACAAAGUGGCGACUUUGGAAGCACAGAUCAAGGCUCAUACUGAAACUAUUGAGACUCUCGAAAAGAGCAAACAGGAAUGGGAUACUCGAACUGCGCAGAUCAUGUCCAAGUACAAUAAACUGGAUCCUGCUGAAGUGGAGGCUGCUAAACAAGAACGCGAUGCCAUGAAAGCCCAAAUAGAACCCCUUGAAAAGGCCAAGACUGAGGCCGAGGCGAAAUUGAAAACUCUUGAAGAGCAAAAGACAGCACUUGAAAAAGAACUUGAAGAAACCAAAACAAAGGUCACAAGAUUCCAAAACGCUGCCUUGAAUUUCAAGAAGCGUAUGGAGCAAGCACAGGAGCAGUUGAAAAAUACUGCGGCAUCUCCUGCUCCAGCAUCUGCGCCUGCUUCCCCAGCUCCUGCUGGAAGUGGUAAUGCUGCCGAUGAUGAAGAGAAGAAGGCACUAGAAGAGAAAUUACAAAAGGCCAUUAGUGAAAAGGAGCAAGCAGAAACGAAUUUGGCGCAACGCGUGAACCUACACACUGAGCUGCAGGGAAAACACAAGGGUCUCUUGGAAAGAACGCGCGCCAUCCUCGCAGAAAAGAAUACUCUGGCCCAAGCCCACAAGGACUGUGAAGAAAACAUCAGCAAACUUCGGGAAGAACUGAAAAAGUCAACGGAAGAUCUCAACAAGUCCACUGAGGAGCUGAACCAACAAAAGGACGAGACCAAGAAAGCCAAGGAAGAAGCGGCGAAGCUGACCUCUGAGCUGGAAGCAGUCAACAAGGCAAAGAUGGAAGCGGAGAUGGAGGCACAAAGGGGCAAAGUCAAGCAAUCAUUCGACCAAAGUAAGAUCACGCGGCUGACAAAGGAACUGGAAGAGUUCAAGAAACGUGCCAGAGAAGAGGACGACGAUAAGCAGGCCGAGGAGGCACCAGCUGCAAAAAUGCAAAAGCAAGAAAAUAAUGCAGCCGAGUGAUAAAGAGAAGCAAUAACCUGUAAUAUACGCACAACAUCCUUUCCAUCAUUGCAAUCAACAACCUAAACAUCCAUCUUUACAUAACACACACCAUCAUCCUUACUCUGUCUGCCAACAAAAAUAUUGAUAAAAACUCACAUUCUGAUAAUAUGUUG